GCGGCGCGGCGCGGCGGGCAGGGGCAGCAGCAUGGCGGCGGGGCUGCGCUUCGACGGGCGGGUGGUGCUGGUGACCGGUGCCGGCGGAGGAUUGGGCAAAGCAUAUGCUCUGGCUUUUGCUGAAAGAGGAGCUUCCGUAGUUGUGAAUGAUCUUGGAGUUGACUUCAAGGGAUAUGGCAAAAGCUCCUCAGCUGCUGACAAAGUUGUUGAUGAAAUCAGAGCAAAAGGAGGGAAAGCAGUACCCAAUUAUGAUUCAGUGGAAGAUGGUGAAAAGCUUGUGAAGACAGCACUUGAGACUUUUGGGAGAAUAGAUGUUGUCAUAAACAAUGCUGGGAUUCUAAGAGACCGUUCAUUUGUUCGAAUAAGUGAUGAAGACUGGGAUAUAAUUCAUAGAAUUCAUUUGAGGGGAUCGUUCCUGGUUACCCGAGCUGCAUGGAAUCAUAUGAAAAAUCAGAAGUUUGGCAGGAUAAUUAUGACUUCCUCAGCUGCUGGAAUAUAUGGAAACUUUGGUCAGGCAAACUACAGUGCUGCAAAACUUGGCCUUUUGGGUCUUUCAAACACAAUAGCAAUUGAAGGCCGGAAGUACAACAUCCAUUGCAAUACAAUUGCACCUACUGCUGGAUCCAGGCUGACUCAAACUGUCAUGCCACAAGAUAUGAUUGAUGCUUUCAAACCAGAGUAUGUUGCUCCCUUAGUUCUUUGGCUUUGUCACGAGAGCUGUCAGGAGAAUGGCAGUCUGUUUGAGGUGGGAGCCGGAUGGAUUGGAAAAUUGCGCUGGGAACGAUCCUUGGGUGCUAUUGUCAGAGGAAAAAAUCAGCUAAUGACUCCUGAAGCAGUGAGAGAUAAAUGGGAGAAGGUCUGUGACUUUGAUAAUGCCAGCAAACCCAGAAGUAUCCAAGAGUCCAUAAGUGUUUUGAAUGAUGCUCUAAGUCAGAUUGAGUCUCAAGGAAAUAUUUCUAUGAAUCCCACAAGCUCUGGUUCGGUCAUCUCCUCAGCUACUGACACUGCAAACAUUAUUGGCCGGGAACUGUCUACCAAGGUGUAUACAUAUACUCACUUUGAGCCUAUUCUAUAUGCUCUUGGUGUGGGAAUGUCAACUAAGGAUCCAGAUCACCUAAAAUUUCUCUUUGAAGGAAGUGAAGAGUUCUGCUGUUUACCUACCUUUGGAGUUAUUCCUGCUCAGACUUCAGUUUUUCAUGGUGUUCCUUCUCUUCCAGGGCUAAAUAUUGAUUUUGCAAAGAUGCUGCAUGGUGAGCAGUAUCUCGAGCUGUAUAAACCAUUACCAACCUCAGGGCAGUUAACUUCAGUUGCAACAGUUGCCGACGUACUUGACAAAGGUUCAGGAGCAGUCUUGCUCAUAGAUGUGAAUACGUACUGUGGAAAGGAGCUGUUGUGUUAUAAUCAGUUCACUCUGUUUUUUGUCGGAGCUGGAGGAUUUGGUGGAAAGCGAACAUCAGAAAAAGCCAAGGUAACAGUAAAUCCACCCAGGAGACUCCCCGAUGCUGUACUUUCUGAUGUCACAACAGCUGAUCAGGCUGCUUUAUAUCGACUGAGUGGAGACUGGAAUCCUUUACAUGUUGAUCCAAAUUUUGCUGCUCUUGGAGGUUUUAAGAAGCCCAUACUACAUGGAUUGUGCUCAUUUGGUUUUGCUGCUAGACACAUUUUGAAGCACUUUGCAAAUAAUGAUGUGACCAGGUUCAAGGCAAUUAAGGUUCGCUUUGCUAAACCAGUCUUUCCUGGACAAACUUUACAAACGGAAAUGUGGAAGGAAGGAAAUAGAAUCCAUUUUCAGACCAAGGUCAAAGAGACUGGAGAAAUUGCUAUUGCAGGGGGCUAUGUGGAUAUAACAUCAGCCUUGGAUAAACCUUCUACUGGGGAGCCUGUGAAGACUACAGGGCUGCAGAGUGAUCUUGUGUUUGAAGAAAUUGGUCGUCGCAUCAAAGAGAUUGGAAAUGAGCUGGUAAAGAAAGUGAAUGCCGUAUUUCAGUGGGACAUCACUAAAGAUGGGAAAACAGCAGUUCAGUGGACAAUUGACUUAAAGAAUGGUUCUGGAGAAGUCUAUCAAGGACCUGCUAGAAGUUCUGCUGAUACCACCUUCACUCUCUCGGACCAGGAUUUCAUGGAUGUAGUUCAACAAAAGACCAACCCCCAGAAGGCAUUCUUUUCUGGUAAACUAAAAGUGAAGGGGAACAUCAUGCUGAGCCAGAAGUUGGAAAUGAUCCUGAAGGAUUAUGCCAAACUCUGAACUGCUUGAGCAUCUACCACAGUAAUCAAAAACUUCAGAAGAUGGAAAUGUCAGUUAGUUCAGAACGAAUGCUUGAAACCUUAUGAAGAUUCUUGAACAUCAAUGUAUUGAUUCUCUGUACUACUAAUAUACAAACUAUUCUAAUUGUUGCAGGCACAAAAUUAUGACAUGAACUUAGCCAUAAAUACUCUCCCUCCUUUGUUUCUCAGCAACAGUAUAGAAUCUUUUCCUAUAUCCUGUCCUUAUCUAAGUAAAAUGUAUGUAGUUCUUAAAGAUGCAUAUAUUUCUAUAUUAAUUCUAAAGAAAAUUAAACCAAUACAUCUGUUUAAUAUCUCUUCCUUUGUGUUGGUCAGUCCUCAUUUAUGUUGUCUUUAUUAGACAUUUUAUAAUUGCUGUGAUUUGAGCUGACUUAUUUUUGAAAUGAGGAUUUUAUUUUUUAUCUUAAGCUCUCAUCCCAUUCAAGCAACUGGAAGAUGGAAGACAGUUUCAUUUAUUUUAAUCCUCUCGUGAUUUUUUCUUUCUGUAGAGGAAGAAACUCAGACUUUGCACUGCCCACCUUAUUUAGAAAAUCACUAACAUAAAAGUUACUCUUAUUACAUGGAAAUUCAAUGAGGCUUUUUGAGAUGGUGCAUUUCUGUCAUGCAUUCCUAAUUUCUGUAAACUGCAUAUUUGCCAUCAGUGUCAAAGCUUCUUACCCGUAAGAACCCACUGCUGGAUGAAGACAAGGUUUCUUUUUCAGGGGACCAGACUGAAUCAUUUGCUUUUUGCUGCUGUUCCAAUGCUGCAUUGAGUUUCUCUGAGGUAAUAGGAAUUAACUGACUAGGUGAGUAAAUGUUGCAUUGAAAGGGCAGGUGAGGAAAAGCGGUAAGAAUUACUACUUUAUGUGAAAUUGUUUCAGCCAAAAGGUGUUAGAUUUCUGAAGCAGCAAAGGUGUCACUGUAGCCAAAUUAUUCUUCCUGUAGAUUCAUUCUCAUGAGGGUCAGAAUCAUGGUGUCAGCAGAAGAUACAACUGACAGAGAAUUCCUGGUUUGGUACCUGUGGGCAGAACAAAGAUGAUAACUGCAACCGUGUGUUUUUUUUUGAAAAAAGUAUGCUCUUAUGGGCUGCUGGGCUGCUGGUCACAUGAAUGCCUGGAGUUUUAGUUUUAAUCCGUGUGAAUUAAUCAUUUUCUGUGUUCAGUGGUUUUUUUGGCUCAUUUGCACUAGUCUUAUGUUGAUACUUUUCAAAGAAUUUAAGUCAUUUCUGGAUUGUCUCCUAGAUGAGAACAUCACUGCCCUGACCGAGUGAGGUGACCAUAGCCAUAGAAGAGUCCAGUGGGGCUGCAGAUGAGUUUGACAGUUUGAGGAUAGAUGCCUUCCAUUACAGGUUGUAACACUGAGUCGAGUUGUCUGCAAAUUUCUUUCUUCUCAGCUGUACCAACAGCUAUGCUAUGAUUCAGCUAUAGGACUGUAAAACUGAGGCAUGUCAACAGGAUAGUAUCUUAUAAAUUAAACCAUGAAUAGAUGGGAAACAGACCAAGUGUGAUGUCCAUCAUCUCAAAUAGGCUAUCCGAUGCUAAUAACUGAAGAAAUGCCCUUUAAGCAGUGCUCUACAAGGAGCAGAAAGACAGUUAAUAAGCCCCCCCUUUUUUUUUUCCUCUGCAAGUGAGAGGCAGAAGAAAUAUUCAGGCCUGGGAAGCUGACACUGUCAGAGCCUGUUGCUGUUGAAUGGACCGGAGAAGAUGAUGUUUACUAAAUGGGCUUGGGGGAGGGGGAAAGAAUUGCACAAGAACUAUAUGAAAUUUUAGGUACUUUUUUGGUGGUUUCUGUCCAGCACAGUUCCUGCUGAUUAUAAAAUCCACAUAAGAUUAAACCUAAGUAGUAUCUCCAGUACUGGUCUUAAUUAAAAACACAUGAGAUUACCCCCCCAAAAGUUACAUUGGUAUUUGAAAUACACAUCCUAGACCUUAGCCUGACUUGGCUUUUCUCCUAGCAUGACUUGGUCAUGGACGUUGUACCUGAUUGAACAGAUACAUCUACUGCAAAAGUAGAAGAAGUAGUAGUUUGCUCUCCUAAUGGAGAAAAAUUGAGCAUACCUCUCAGUAUUCUUGUUUUCUCAGUUUUCUGGGAACACUGUUCAGGUGUUUAAUUCUUUCAUCUUUCAUCUGCUUGUGGCCUGAAUAACUGCUACUAAUGCUUUUGGCAUGUGGAUUUCAUCUGAAGAUAUUUACUGCACAGUGUUCUUUCACUUUAGCCAGAAACUUUCCCAGUUACUGCUAACAUAAACCCCUUUGCUAGAUCAAAUACGGAACUGAAGUGUUUUGAAGGUUUGGUUUUGUUUUGUUUUGUUUCCUAGUAGUAUGCAACUGUAAAAGCUUUUCCACCAUUACUGGCUUUUAAGAGUAGCGUUCUUUUUUUUUUUUAAAAAAAAAAAACAAUAAUUAACUCAAAUAUCUGUUAAGACAAUACAUUCUAGGAGAUGAUGACCAUUUUGGUAGCUGGUCAUUUCAGCUUAAAAGGUUCUGGAGUGUUUCCAUCUUAGAACACUUUGUGUUGAGAGCACAGGCUUCAAACCUUUCUGGUUUUGAGACCUCUUUUCUUGAUGUUUAGCAGCAACAGUUACUAUCUAUGUCCACAGAGAACAGAACAGAGAUAGAGCAGCAAGACAGCCUUUUGCCAUGUUUUUGAUUCUUGUUUUGUCUUGUUUUCUCUAAACAGCAUCUUUUUUGAAUGCUUUCCUCCUUGCUAGGAUUAAGCACCAUUACCCUGGAUUGCAAAGCCCUGCUUGCCUACCAAACAUCUCAAAUAUCUCCCUAAUGAUAUUGCUAAAUUCUGUAUGAAAUAAGGAAGGUUUUACAAGCAUCUUAGCAGUAAAAAAUCUAAUGAUGCAUAGACUCUGUUUAAUGUAGAAGAGAGCAAGAUGGUUGUUUAUUGCAAUGUAUGAUUUAUGAUGUUUUGAUAUAUUCUUUGUAUGUGAAAAUAAGGUGCUGACUGGAUAUCAGUAUAAAGGAUUUUGUAGGAAUUGCAUGUAAGAAUUCAGUUUGUUUUUAUGGAAUAUGUGAGUCAGUGCUACAUCUGACUGAUUGUAAAUUGGUAUGUUCUUUAAUCGUAGCAGUUUGUAUCUCCAUUUUAUUCUCCUCACAUGGCAGUCUUACUUCUAGCUUGCAAUUACGCCCAUUCUCUGAAUAAUAAAUUGCAGUUCCACAGACCUA